AUGGAGCGAAUGUUUAUAAGCCAACAGGAGCUGCGCUACCUCCGGCUGCUGCCUUUGGACGCCGUCCACUCGCUGCCGCGGCACUGCCCAUGCCGCAACCAGAGCGGGCAGGCUCGGAGGCCGCCCGGUCAGACGGGCUGGAUACGCACGUUCUCCCCGGCCAUGCCGCACCCUAACCACGCAAAGGCUGCUCACAGCGCGGCACCUUCUCAGUCUGCCAGGCGCAGAGCAAUCCACCUCGUCCCGCCAGCGCCCACGCACACACCCGCCCCAGAGCUGCGGCAGCUGCUAGUGCAGUGGCCCAGCCGGGAGGCACUGGCAGGACAGAUCCGGGUGGGGGCCCCGGUCUCCUCUCCCCGGCAGGUCUGGUCCCAGUACGAGGAGGCGCCGGUGGAGGAGGUGGUGCCGGUGCUGGAGGAGAAGGAGCGAACCACCAGCUACAAGCCAGUCUUCGUGACGGAGAUCACCGACGAGCUGCACUUCUACGUGCAGGACGUGGAGACAGGGACCCAGCUGGAGAAGCUGAUGGAGAACAUGCGGAGCGAGAUCGCCGGCCACCCGCCCGUGGAAGGGUCCUACGCGCCGCGCCGCGGGGACUACUGCAUCGCCAAGUUUGUGGAUGGGGAAUGGUACCGGGCCCGCGUGGAGAAGGUGGAGUCGCCAGCCAGGGUGCACAUCUUCUACAUCGACUACGGCAACAAGGAGACCCUGCCCUCUACGCGCCUGGGCACCCUGCCGCCUGCCUUCAGCACCCGCAUCCUGCCCGCCCAGGCCAUCGAGUACAAGUUUGCCUUCAUCCAGGUGCCACAGGAUGACGACGCGCGCGCCGACGCGGUGGACAGUGUGGUGCGGGACAUCCAGAACACCCAGUGCCUGCUGAACGUGGAGCACCUCGGGCCCAGCUGCCCCCACGUCACCCUGCAGUUCGCCGACUCCAAGGGCGACGUGGGGCUGGGGCUGGUCAAGGAGGGGCUGGUCAUGGUGGAGGCGCGGAAGGAGAAACAGUUCCAGAAAGUGAUCACCGAGUACCUGAACGCGCAGGAGCUGGCCAAGACCAACCGGCUGAACCUGUGGCGUUACGGCGAUUUUCGGGCUGACGACGCGGAUGAAUUUGGCUACAGCCGCUAGGGGAGGCCCCAGGGUCUGGCCCCACCGCAGCCACCAAGCCGCCGUCUCUCCUCGUCUCCUCCCCGAGCCCUCGCCCCAGCCGCUGCGCCACCACAGGGCCAGGGCACUGCACUGGGCCCGUUCCGCCUCCCUUCGCCUCAGCUCCACACCUCGGGCAGCGAGUCGCUGGGGGGGGCAGGCGGCUCUUGGCCCCCCCGCCCCAGUCCGACCGACGGGGGAUCUGCCCUUGCCUCUGUCCCGCGCGGAGCUGGCUCUGGCCUGUAUUUAAAGCUUUGGAGGCCCAAUAAAGUAGUCGAGUGCUGC